AAAUGGAUCAAAAUAAACCUUCCCUCCUUUAAAUUGUGGUAUUAGGGAUUGUGUCUCAGCAACGAGAAAGCAACUAAGACAGAGACAUUACAUAUUCAAACUGCAGCAGUAGCUUAUGCUUGGAAAUGUACAUAAACACUGCAUGAAAUGUCACUCUGUAAUUUUUUCUCAGGUUCCCAUUCAUCAUGUCCCACAUCUGGCUUCGAGAAUUUGUUGAUCGUCACCCAGGGAUUCCACCCAGUAUAUUCAUUAACCACCAAGGAAAGGACCUCCAAGGCUAUUACCUUGGGCAGCUGGCAAGACUCCAUAUUGAUUCCAGUGUGAAGACACCUUCCAGACCACUCAUAGACUUGGGCAUUUCAUCCAAGAGAAAAACUCCUGAUCAACCUCAAUUAGAUCAACAGACGCUCAUUCGAUAUAUUUGUUUUCAAAGGCAUUCAAAGACUGCUGAACUAUGGUAUAAGGAAACCACUUACCAAAGAGACUAUUCACUGCCAUUUUACAAGAUCGAUGGAGAUCAGAAAUUGGCCACAAUUUCAUCAAAUCCUGGGGCACUUAAUUCAUUGCCAGAGCUCUACUGUUGUGAAGAGAGCAACUUUGGAAAAAAUGCUUUUAAACUAAAAGAACCAUGGCAUUCAAACAAAAUAACUGUUGGCAUUCUUAGUGAUUCUCAGAGAGAUUAA